CCCCGCCCACCUCUGCCGGCUGCGACUACGCAGGCGCAGUCCCCAGCACUCAGGUCCGCAGUCUGACAGCAACGGAGAGGAGAAGACAUGGCAGCUUAUAAAAUCGUCCUGAUCCGCCACGGAGAGAGCACCUGGAACCAGGAGAACAGAUUCUGCGGAUGGUUUGAUGCUGAUCUGAGUGAGACAGGAGUGGAGGAGGCUAAGAGGGGCGGCCAGGCUCUGCACGAUGCCGGCUAUCAGUUUGAUAUCUGCUACACCUCCGUGCUGAAGAGAGCCAUCCGUACCUUGUGGCUGGCACUGGAUGGCACCGACCAGAUGUGGGUGAAGGUGGUGAGGACCUGGAGACUGAACGAGAGGCACUAUGGCGGGCUGACCGGGCUGAACAAAGCAGAGACGGCCGCCAAACAUGGAGAGGAGCAGGUGAAGAUCUGGAGGCGGUCGUACGAUAUCCCUCCACCCCCCAUGGAAGGCGAGCAUGAUUAUUAUAGCAUCAUAAGCAAGGAUCGUCGCUAUGCUGACCUGACGGAAGAUCAACUACCAAGCUGCGAGAGUCUGAAGGACACCAUUGCCAGAGCCCUGCCAUUCUGGAAUGAUGAGAUUGUCCCAAUGAUCAAGGAGGGGAAGAGAGUCCUGAUUGUAGCUCACGGAAACAGCCUUAGGGGGAUUGUCAAGCACCUUGAAGGCAUGUCUGAGGAAGCCAUCAUGGAACUGAACCUCCCCACCGGCAUCCCUAUUGUGUACGAGCUCGACAAGAACCUGAAGCCCAUCAAACCCAUGCAGUUUCUAGGAGACGAAGAAACGGUGCGCAAAGCCAUGGAGGCCGUGGCCGCUCAAGGGAAAGCCAAGAAGUAAUUCGUCUGUCCCGGAAGAACCGGCAUCAUCCAUCACUAUUUUCUUUUUUAGUUUACUUCUAAAGCCGACACUUGACAGCUAGGGAUUCUAAAAAUACAGCUGUAUGUGGGAUGGCGCACCCCUAGCCCAACCGUUCACAUGUCUCCCGCACCUGCGCAGCUGGAGCUGACUUUAGCGUGUUACUCUUCAGUGCAUUUCAUUCCACGUCCUCCACGAUAGAUUAGUUAUUUGUAUAGUCAGACUGAAGUGUCACCGCAUGGCGGCCUGUAGUCACACAUCACGGGAGGCGUUGUCCGUUCUUGUAGUCUUCUGUUUACGGUUAAUCAGGGCUCCUCCCGUAUAGGUCCUGCUGGAUGUUUUGUCCAAGUUAACGUCACUUUAUUCCAUUUCCAAUGCACUUCUCAUAUUCCUUUUUUUUGAAGCCAUUACUGUUCAUAGUCCAGUUUGCGUUUAACGUAAUACAAAAUAUGCAAGCGCCUUGAGACAAAAUUCGUAAGUGCGUUUCCGCCUUUGUCGUCUCAGCCUCUGAUUUGAUGAAAGGCAAGAGUUUAAAGGGGUACUCCAGUGAAAAACAAUUCUUUUCAUAUCAACAAGCUGAAGAAAGUUAAACAGAUUUGUAAAUGACUUCUAUUUAAACAUCUUAAUCCUUCCAGUACUUAUCAGCUGCUGUAUGCUCCACAGGUAGUCCUUUUUCUUUUUGAAUUUCCUCUGCUGAUACCUCUGUCCAUUUAAGGAACUGUUCAGAGUAGGAGCAAAUCCUCAAACCUAUCCUGCUAUGGCCAGUUCCUAAAAUGGACAGAGUUGUCAGCAGAGAGCACUGUGGUCAGACAGAAAGGAAAGAACUUCCUGUGCAACAUAUAGCAGCUGAUAAGUACUGGAAGGAUUAAGAUUUUUAAAUAGAAGUUAUUUACAAAUCUGUUUAUUUUUUUUAAAUCGACUGGUGACAGAAAGUUAAUGUUUUCCAGAAGAGUACCCUUUUAAUCCUUCCAGUACUUAUCAGCUGCUGAAGUUGAGUUGUUCUUUUCAGUCUGACAACAGUGCCCUCAGCUGACACCUCUGUCUGUCUCAAACUGUCCAGAGUAGGAGCAAAUCCCCAUAGCAAACCUCUCCUGCUCUGGACAGUUCCUGAGACAGUCAGAGGUGUCAGCAGAGAGCACUGUUGUCAGACAGAAAAGAACAACUUAACUUCAGAAGCUGAUAAGUACUGAAAGGAUUAAGAUAUUUUUUAAAGUAAUUUACAAAUCUGUUUAACUUUCUGCAGCCCGUUAAUAUGAAAAUAAUUGUUUUUCACUGGAGUACCCCUUUAACAAUAACCACCCUAAAAUUAAGAAAUCCUUUCAAAAUACAAGCCCUUGAGUCACCCCCAACUGUUCAUUAUUGUGCUUAAAGGGGUUAUCCAGUUUUUCUUUCAAAAACAGUGCGUCGCCCGUCCUUUGGUCUUGUGCAUUAAUGCAACUUGGCUCAUUUCACUUCGAUGGCUGUGAGCUGCAAUACCACACACAACUUGAGGACAGGUGGGGUGCUGUUUUUGGGGAAAAAAUAUUCACCAUAGCAAGAUUUGUCCAGCUCACCCCACAGCUCCCGACGAUUUACUCUGCUCAGACAAAGCCCAAUCCCGGCCCAGAUUCAAUUUGUCAAUGAAAAGGAUGUCCGGGCUAGUGUGAAUAAUAAAUGGUAGCCUUCAUUUACCUUUGUUUAAAAUCACAGAAAAGCACUUGGGAAUGGGAUUAUGCCAGACGGGUUUCUGAUGUAAUCACAACGUCCUUCUUCAUAGGUGAGGAAGUUGUGAUUGUUAGAAACGCGCUGGGCAUAGUCUUAUUUCUAAGCGCUCUGCUGUGAUUUUAAACUAUCUUUUAGGAUUCAUACCGGCCUGGACAUUCUCUUCGUCCAUAAGAUUUAUUUUUUUUGGGAGGAAUUCCACUUUUUUUAUUUUUUUUUUUAUUCUGCAUAAUCUCUUUUUAAAGGAGUCAUCCAGGACUAGAGAUGAGCUAUAACUACUAUAGUGUUUCCUAACCAGUGUGCCCCCGGCUGUUGCAAAACUACAAUUCCCAGCAUGCCCGGACAGCCGAAGGCUGUCCGGGCAUGCUGGGAGUUGUAGUUUUGCCACAGCUGGAGGCACCCUGUUUGGGAAACUGAUUUGGGAAUGUCAUUUUAACGGUUUUUAGUCAAGAUGUAUAUUGUAACACAUUUCCCAGCUUUCCCAAACUCCUGAAUAACAAAACCGCCUAUUAUUGCAGCGAUGCAUCCCUAGCUCCAGUGUUCCUACAUAAGUAGACAGGCUUGACAUUCAGAACUCUAGAAAAGCUGAGUGAAAAUGCGCUGGAAUAUCAGGCCAAGACUCAAGGAAGCAGUAAAUUUAAAGGGUUAUCCAGGAUUAGUAAGAGAGCAGAUUUAUUAUUAUAAUUUUUUUAAACAGCGCCACCCCUGUCCUGAGGUUGUGUGUGGUAUUGCAGCUCAAUUGUAAUAAAGUAAAUGGAGCCAAGCUGUAAUACCACAAACAACCCGGAGACUGGUGUGGCGCUGUUUCUGGAAGAAAUUAGCUCUGUUUUCGGUAUUCCUGGAAACUCCUUUGAGGUUGAAACGUUGAGUACAUUUGGUCAGUUUGGCUUUGUGCAGCUCUAUAAGGACCAAUACUGCAGCUAUUAUCGGACACAUGGCCUGUAUUUUUAGUUCCUGUGAGCACCCCCUCUCUUAAGUCACUGUAUUAGCGAUAAAGUACAUCACUAUACUGUGGAUAUGUAUUGUGCAUUGUACCUCUGCUUCCUGACUGUGCAUAUUGUGGCGGCCAGGUCUUAGCACUUGUUCUAUGGUGGUUACUUUUCCUAAAGUAGAGAUGUCCAUUAUUAUCACAAUAAAGGAGUGAUGUGCAAA